AUGGAUAACGCAAACCCCACCAUCCUCACGGCGGCACAGCUGCCCACCAGACAGUCCAAGGCCACCAAGGCUGUGGUUCAGGGGCCAGUAUCCCAGUUGAGUGAGCUCAUUAUGCGCAAGCCCAAAUAUUUGUCGGAACCCUUCUGCGACGUAUCCUGGCACGACAUCCGCGAAAAGGACAACGAUUUCACUGAAGAACCCAUCGACGAGCAGGAGAUCUACGACUUGAUUUCCACCAUCUCUGACCCUGAGCAUCCCAUUUCACUUGGCCAGCUGGCUGUCGUGAACCUACCUGAUAUUCAAAUCACACCUUCUCCAUCUGCACAUUCAGAUCCAGAUACCCUGAUAACAGUGCUUGUCAAGAUAACGCCAACCAUUACUCAUUGUUCUCUGGCGACCGUCAUUGGACUUGGCGUCAGGGUCCGUCUGGAGCAGGCACUGCCGCCCAACUACCGUGUGGACGUGGUGAUCAAGGAGGGGGCGCACAGCCAGGACGACCAAGUCAAUAAGCAAUUGGCAGACAAGGAGAGAGUAGCUGCGGCUUUGGAGAAUGACAACCUCAAAGGGAUGCUCGACGCGAUGCUUGCGACCUGCGAGUAA